AUGAAGGGUGCAUCUCUCAUCUCCUCUGCCCUAGCCUUGUGCUACGGAACGCAGUUUGCUGCUGCAGCUCCCUCAUCCGGCGAACCUGGCUUUCCCAAAGGCCAGCCAUAUGAUGGCAAGGGCAAGGGUAGCAUCAUCGUUGGCGGCACCAACAAGGAGCUCGAUCUCCAGAACCCAGACAACCUCGGUCGUCAGCCUACGGACAAUGGCGUUGUUCCCAACCUCAAGUGGAGCUUCUCUGAUUCCAAGACUCGUCUUCUGAAGGGUGGUUGGGUCCGUGAGCAAGUCAUCCAGGAUCUUCCCUCUAGCCAUGACAUCUCUGGUGCCCAGCAGCACUUGGUCAAGGGCGCCAUUCGUGAGCUUCACUGGCACCGUGUUGCCGAAUGGGGUAUUGUUUAUGAGGGCUCUGUUCUUGUUUCUGCCGUUGAUGAGAAUGGCCGAUACCAAGAAGAGGUUCUCAACUAUGGUGAUAUCUGGUACUUCCCCAAGGGAGCUGCCCACACCAUUCAGGGUCUCGCCGAUGAGAAUGAGUACCUCUUGGUCUUUGACGACGCCGAUUUUGACAAGAUUGGCACUACAUUCAUGGUCGACGACUGGAUCAACCACACCCCCAAAGACAUCCUCGCCAAGAACUUUGGCGUUGACCCCUCGGUAUUCGAAAACGUCACCAGCCCGAACCCCUACAUCCUCCCCGGCGAAGUCAGCAAGAAGAACGUCACCGACGGACCCGCGGGUGAGCUUGAGGGCGACAGCUCCUUCGUCUACCGCACGUUCCAGCACGAGCCGGAAAAGAUUGGCGGCACGGGCGGCAAGUUCUGGAAGAUUGACUCGACCAACUUUCCGGCUAGUAAGACCCUUGCUGCUACUUUUGUUACGCUCAAGCCUGGUGGUCUGCGAGAACUUCACUGGCAUCCUAAUGCUGAGGAGUGGCUGUACUUUCACCAGGGCAAGGCCAAGGCGACUGUGUUUAUCGGCAAUGCUGCUGCCCGAACCUUUGACUUUUCUGCUGGCGACACUGCUGCCUUCCCCGAUAACUCUGGGUGA